AUGGCUUUGGCAAUGAAUACUACGUUAACAGUUUCAUGUGAAGCAGCAGAAGAAAAAUCAGGACCAACAUUAGUUCAUAGUACUGGUGUUCAAAAUUAUCGUGUCCAACCAGAAAUAAUACGAAUUUUACAAGACUCAUGUUCAAAUGAAAAAUUAUGCGAUCAUGAAAAAGGUGUUCAAUGUACUGAUCCAGUAGCACAUAUUCUUGAAACACUUAAAAAAGCUGGUUUUAGUGUAACAAGUCAAUCAACAAGUGGUAGUCGUAAAUUAUGGAUGUUAACCAAGACAGACGCAGGUGGAUCCAAGCAACCAUCACACAAAGAUGAUGAACAUGACGAAGAUGAAGACGAAGACAAGGAGGAAGAAUAA